UUUCCCUUUCUCAUUUCUCUUUUUGUUCCCAUUAUAUUUUCGGGAUAUGGAGAUUUAUGGGGUAGUUACGGGUGGGGACUACCAACACUAUCAGAUGUCAAGUUUCAACUGGGUUUUGUGGGAUUAGCUCUUGAUAAUCAUUGUGUUCCUUGCAGUUAUGGCUUGUCCUUUUUGCCGUAUGCCUGGUGGCCCGUGUUCUUCUGUUGAUUCUUCUGUAGAUGGGUUCAGUGUGGUCCUGGAUCGGCGUUGUUGGAGGCGUGUUUAUGUUCCGUGCAGUGUUAGAGUUCAUCUUGCUCGUUACAUCGAGGAGUGUAGGGCUUUAGCCAUAAGGAGGGGUGACGAAGAUACUGAUCUUGCUUUUCAGUGCAAUGAGGGUUAUUUGUAUGGUGUUCUGUUUAGUCAUGGUCGGUUGAGGAGCAAAUUCCAUGGUCCUUCCUGGGAACGAUUGGUCAGUGAUUAUGGUGUUCGUCCUCGUGAUAUAAUGACCAUUAGGCUUGAACAUUAUGGAACAUGGAUUGGUAUUGAUUUUUAUCGUGUUGGUCGUGGAGAUGCGUUGUCUCCUUUACCGUCUGUUGCUCUUGAUGGUUUGAGCGACUCCGAGAUGGAACUUGUUGGGAGUUGUUAUUACACCCAUGGUGUUUUUCUUAAUUAUCAGCAGAUGUAUUUCAUGAGGUGUCAACUCUUUGAUGAUGUCUACAUACCGUGUUGUCCUUUUGUUCACAGGAUUAUUCCAUGAA